AUGACAUGGCUAGUUUCGCCCUUCUUCGACCAUUUCCUGAGAAUUGUUAUGGCCGCUGUGAAUCCUGACCCAUGGUAUUGCGGACAUCCAUGGUGUCACCCUGUCCCUCACCCAAAGCCCCUUAAGCACUGGGAAGAAUGCCAUGACCUGGUUCUGAAGCACGACGAAAAAAUGUUUCGGGCGAACAAAGGCGCCAUUGACAACCUCUUGAUCUUCGCGGGUUUAUUCUCUGCGACCGUGACGUCCUUUACCAUCGAAUCCUACAAAUGGCUCGAGACCGAGUCCGGCCAUCCCACUCGAGCAGAAGUACGCAUCAACGUGUUCUGGUUCUCUAGCCUCACGCUCAGCAUGGCUACGGUCCUCAUUGGGAUCGUGUGCAUGCAGUGGCUGCGGGAGUACCGGCGCGACGCGACGCGCUCGCACAAGGACGCCUUAGCGAUGCGCCAAAUGCGCUAUGAAGGCCUGGUGGCGUGGAAGGUCCCCGUUGUCCUGUCCCUCCUCCCCCUCCUACUUCUACUGGCGUUCGUUCUUUUCUUUGCAGGGAUACUCGAAUUGCUGUGGGCGAAGCACCGUGGGGUGGCCGCCGCCGUUACCGUCAACGUUGGGCUCGUGUGCUGGUUCCUCAUCAUGACCACGGUCCUCCCGGCUCUACAAUCGCUGUCGACAAGCAACAAAGACCUUAAUAACGUCAAUCAAUGCCCAUACAAGUCCCCGCAAUCCUGGGCCUUCUAUCGGCUGUGCAUUUUAGUUGCUCAUGGCUAUCGCCUUGCCGUUCACGUCCUUGGCCAAAUGUCCUUCGCAAUUAUCAAGCUAAUGCGAAAAGGAGUCCCCGGUGAAUUAAUGGAGCUUGUAGAACGUGGAAUAAGACACAACGACGAAUCGUACGCCAGGUCAGAGCCACCCCAGUUCGAGAGAUACUCCGACAAGAAUUGGAUCGAACACGACGUCAGGUGGCGAGCCUUGCGAGACGCUCAGUACGCGGAUGACGCCACAGAACAACCAUUCAAUGCCCCUCAAGACGGAGUCGAUCUCGUCAAAAGCCUGCAAUGGGUGAACAGAACCUUCUCAGAAGACAUCAGCGCCGUUCACCUCAUUUUCCAUUGCCUCACUGACUUGAAUUGUUCCACCGCCGCCCAGCUCGUUGGUGGCCUGGAUGAGAGCGCAGCAUAUUUACCCGGACUUCUCUUUCCCUCCAGAUCCGAGGAUUCGACAAUUCCCAGGUCACCGCGCGUCGAUAUUUCUCCUUCGCACCCGAUGCAUUUGCCUGCAGACAGGCAAACACAAGAACACAUCUUUGCCGCGUUUCUGGCUACCCACAAGGAGAAUCACCCGUCGUUGAACGACUCGUACCUGGAGUGUGCGAUUCGUCUCAUGAACGAGGCUGGUCAAUACAUCCCACACUUGCCUGUUCGUCCUUCCGACUCAGGUGACGUUUUCCAAGUGAUCUCUCCUGAAACGGUCCUCCAGCUCUUUUCGUGCCUCAAAAAAUUGGUUGCACGCCAGGUCAUCUCGACGGAAAAUGCGUCUGAGAUAUUUUCGCUUCUCAGAGACCUCUACAGGCAAGACCCCGACAUGCGCGACCCCCUCCUCACGUUGACCCUCGAUUUCUUUGAAUGCUUCCACGCGUGGGUAUUCUCUCCCAUUAUUCCACACAUCGAGUGCACGGAGCGUGUCAAAGUGUGCACCCUGGGCAUCAUUCUACUUUUUGGUUCGAUGACUGUCGACCAAGUCUUCGCCUUGCGCAAGACAGAGUCGUUCGUCAAGUUGGAACAUUUCGCUCUUGGCCUUGACCAUUUCUACAGCACCAGGCUGCAGCCGAGGGAGUCACCCGUUCUGGACGGCUUGAGGCCUGACCUUCUCGGAAUUACUUCCCCACCUCUGCUUAUGCCCACCACGGUCCUCGAGCGGUCCACGACUGUCCUCCCGAUCUCCACGCCAAAUGCCCCCGUUCCGACGUCCUAUCUGCUUUCCGAACCUACCGCGGUCAAGGAGACCUACUCUCCAGCUCGUCUUCCACAAGAGCUAGUCGACCAUAUCAUCGACCACCUGCACGACGACCAGCUGGCGUUGAGGCAUUGCGCCCUCGUGGCCCGCGCGUGGCUGGCGCCUAGCAGGUUCCAUCUAUUUUCAAAAAUCAGCCUGAAAGCAACCUCACCUCAUAACGGCCCCGCCAUCCCCCAAGAGCGUUGUAGACGUCUGCAUGCCCUGUUGGUACGCACGCCAGAGAUUAUCAGCAACAUACGGGAGUUGGAGAUAUGCGAGGGGUCACCACUUCACCAUCCUUAUCCGGACGUGCAAUGCUCGACAACGUGGGUCACCACGGAGCGCACGCUAACGGCUCUCUUCAAGAUGCUCACCCAUGUGAAGCGGUUCGACUUCUCGUCCACCUCGAUCCUCUACUGGACGCUAUUCCCUCCGACAUUCCAAGCGGCGCUCUGCACACUCUUCUCCCUCCCAACUCUCACCUACGUUCGGAUCCACUCGUGGCUUUUCCCAAGCUUCGCCGCGCUCACCUCGCUGUUAUGCCACUGCCAGAACCUUAAGGGAUUCGCUCUUUCGUCCACGACAAUCUCCAGCGAUAACGGCCCGGAACCAGAUCAAGCGCUCGUGCCUGAAGGUACCAUCGAGCAGGAGGACGAGACGUCGAAGGCGUUAGAGGUUCUGACUCUCGACUAUGUCAACUUUCCUUACCUGGAGUACUGGAUCCUCGGCCAUAAUCACUCGCUCGUGAACAUCAGAUCGCUCCGAGAGCUCCGCGUCGCUCACUUUCUUGGUCCUGGAAUCGUCGAGAAGCUCUUGCUGGUCGUGGGAGGGUCUCUGGAGCACUUCCAUCUCAAGCCUGGUUCCUGGAGCGUUCAUCCCUUCAACCUGUCACACAACGUCGGCUUGCGUUGCAUUCGCCUCACAUUGGACGACCCCGACACCGCCAUGACAUGGGUCACAACCUUGCUUUCGAGCAUCACGGCCAACAACCAGGUGUUAGAGAGCGUCGGGCUGGAGUUUUACGCUGAUCCGAAGAAGAUUGAAGGGUGGAGCGAGCUCGACUCACUAUUCGUGCAGCCCGAGCUGGCGUUUCUCAAGCAGGUCGAGAUAGGCCUCUUCGCGAUGCCGACGCACGCGGACUUCAUCAAGGUACGCGAGGAGAUGAGCGGGCUAGCGGGAAGGCAGAUAGGGAGGUUCUACCAGCUCGGAAUUAAGAGCCAGCGUUCGAGUCGGCAAUUGACGCCUCGGAUAAGCAGAUACGAGUCUUGA